AUGGCUCCUCUCACUCCUCACUGGCAGCAGCCAUCCCACCCCGACAUCCAAAAAGUCGUCAUCCUCAACGAGGUCGAAUUCACCACCAAGAGCCUCUCGCGCGUGGCUCUGCCACCCUUUGCCCUCUUUGCCCGAUUUGACUUUCCACCGUGCACGGAAGCGGCGGAGCCCACGUAUGCCACGGUGCAAAUGGGACGCAAUAGACAUCUCAACCUCAACAGUGACCUGCUGUACAUUAACCACUCUUGCGAACCCUCUCUUAUUUUUGACACUGGCAACAAGAUUAUCAUUGCUGGACCCAAGGGCCUACAACCCGACGAUGAACUCACUUUUUUCUACCCCUCUACAGAAUGGGAAAUGUCGCAGCCUUUCCAGUGCCUCUGCGGUACGCCCACGUGCAAGGGCACCAUUGAUGGCGCCAAGAAUAUGACGUCGGCCCAGCUCGACGGCCUCUGGCUCUCCAAGCACAUUCGCGAGCUCCGCGCCGAGCAGGCCGCCACUGUCGGCAGCACAUCGCCCCCCUCACCUGCUGCCGACCCGACGACUGAGGCGCUGCAGAAUGCCAUUGACCAGGCCGAAAAGGUGGUCGAGGCCGCCCGCGCCGCGCUGCUGUCCUAUACCGGCACCGCCGGCCGCAAUGGCUCCCAGCUCCCCCGCAACGGCGGCGGCAAGGCCAAUGGCGUCGGCCGUCGCGGCGGUCCGACCUCGCGCGAGCUGAGCGGCGAAAUGGGCGGCGACACGGCCAUUCGCGCAUAG